CACCACUCCCUGAAAUAAUCGCCCCGUCAUCUAUUUCUUCGAAAAACUCACGGCAAUAGCUACGUGCCUCACUCCCUUUUCGCUCGACUCUCUUGGUUCUUCUCCAACGUGCAGUAUCCGUGUCAACCGCUUACUUGCUUUCGCCGAACCAACCGUCACCGACAUUCACGCAGCAGCACUUUGGGCCGUUGUCCGCCGCCUGUCCACCCCACCCUGGAUCCCGACCCUGGCUUCAGGUCCCACAACGGCGUGUCCUCCGCCCACCGAACCCCUCCAUCCCGGCCAACAAGUGAGCCUGGGCCGACGACGCCUGCCUGCUGCAAGGCAAGGGGCUCUCACAGCGGACCAGCUCUGCAAGACCGCUGCGGGCCGAAACACCACCAUCUGCUUUAUAUUGCUCUUAGUGAAUCACUGAAUAUAUUCGUUUGCUCCGCCAGCUGCCCUGCCGCUCGCUGGCACUUGCUCGUUUCUUGAUACCCAACUCGCGCACACGCCCGACACAACCAAACAGCUCUCGCUGCUUCUACCAAACCAAGUGUCCUGGCCUUGUGGCAUCUUCUUUACACUGGCAUUUCGGAACACCAUAUCCCUAAAGAGGUUCGGCGUUAGUCCAUCUUAGGUUGGUGGUAUGGUUCCCAUGAAUUUCCGAGUUCGUGGUCGUGUCACGCUGAAAGCCCGAAACAGUUGUCGCUUCGCUUGUCCAGUGUCUCGCCGUGGAAGACAUCCGCCAGAAGACGUUACUUGCGCCGCCGGGACCGUUCGACGGCAGCAGCCAUGCAGCAAAACGCGCAGCAGGUCCACGAGGAUCUUGCAUCUCUGUUCUCACGCAAUCUGACCCUCAACCCGGAGCUCCGUGCCGCCGCAGCUAAGGACUCGUCCCGGCAGGAGCCCGAGCCCGCUCUUCCAGUCCAGUCGCCACCGAUCGUUUACUCCAUCUCACAGCACUACCAUCACUCCGCUCAUGUCGCGAAACCAGUCGCCGCGGAGCAAGCCGCGGAGCACCAGAGCACGUCGUCGGUUCUGGCCGAACGUCCAUCGUCAGAGCCCCCCCAGGGUCGGGCGGAUUCGUUUGAAAUGAUACUCCGCCGCUUUGGUAUAGACGUCGCUAGUUUGACGCCUGCACAGGUGCAGCUCUUUCGCAUUGCCGACGAGCCCCAGAAACUCCGCCUUAUUGAGCUCUGGAAAAUCUGUCCCCCAAGCAGAGCAGAGGAUAUCCACUCACUGGCAUGGAACAGCACAACUCUUGAACAGGAAGAGCAGUUCGCUCGCCUGCGCCUCGAACAGCACCAGCAGGACCAAGCAAUGAGCCUGGACGGCACUCCGGUGCAGACUGGCGAUGGACGAUGGACUCACGAGGCUCGCGACACUGAGCCUUAUAUGGUCUCGGGCUAUCAGGAGCUUAUGCGGCGGGAGACUGAACGCAACAUCGUUGAUACCAUGCCUAGGAGCGUGUACAGCCAUUUCGGGACGACCGUGGCCGGCCCCAGCUACACACCAGCCACCGACCCUGUUUAUCUCGGCCCAGACUACGUUCGACAGCAGCAACAGAUGGACAUGGCGACACAGUACGGCGCGUUUGAGCAGUCGCGUGUGGCGGGAGACAUGGACGCGAUGGACGUCAUGUAAGGAGCGCCUGGAACAAUUCAACAUGCACGAAUAGGUGCAGUCACCAGCAAGCCAGAUAGCCGUGACAGAACUGGGCGGGUGGAUGGGCUGGGUGGAGGUCGUAAUGGGGGGGCAUGCUGCGCAUGUGCUGUUUUGGAAGGCAACAAGGUCGCCUUUAGGCUCUGUUCACGUUGGGAUGGCGCUGCGGAUGUGUCUUUUGCCUGUUCACUUCUUCCUCCACCCCUCACCGCACUCUCCAGUCUCGUCAUCCAACAGCCAGCGUGGACUAACAAGAGUGUCUAGAGAUUGGUUCUGCGAUACAGUAAGAUAGCUAGAGGUAUGUAAUGCCCUUCCAUAUUCCCCUAUCGGAGGCUCUCCUGCUUCGAAGACGCUGUCUUUACCGUCGACGAGUCGUAGCCCACAAACAAGAUACAUGCAGUGCAAUAGAGAGCGUACAAUUUUACUCAUACUGUUGGCCAUUUUGACC